CCUCAGUGGUGUGGCUUGUGUUCGCAGAGUAAUGUCAUGGGUGCGCUCUACUAUUAGGGGAGGCAGCCUUUAUCUUUAAUAACCUACGCUACUACCUCAUUCUACAGAACGCAUUGUAACAAAAUGGUUAUAAAAGUAUUUCUAGCUUCUUCAUCUGGAUCGACAGCGAUCAAAAAGAAGCAACAGGAUGUGCUUGGGUUCCUGGAAGCCCUCAAAGUGGACUACGCUCAAUUGGACAUUGCCUGCAAUGAGGACAACCGCAUGUGGAUGAGGGAAAAUGUCCCUGUGGAGAAAAAGCCCACCAACGGGAUCCCCCUACCCCCUCAGAUCUUCAACGAAGAGAGCUACUGUGGGGACUACGAGACAUUCUUUGACGCCAAAGAAGACAAUGCAGUGUAUGCCUUCCUGGGUCUGCCACCUCCUCCAGGGUCCAAGAAGGCCCCCGUGAAGGAGGAAGAAGCCCAGGAAGAAGUAGAGGAUGAGGAGGCUAAGGGAGAAGACGAUCAGCCGGUUUCUGAGGGAGAAGAGGAUUUGGGGUCGGAGGAGGAAGAAGAGCUGCGACAGCUUGAGGAAGAAGAAGAGGCCCCAGAGGUAACAGAGGAGGAAGAAGAAGAAGUGACAGAGGUAGAGGAAGCAGAGCAGGAAGAAGAGGAUGAGUAGUUACAGCCAGGAAAGGUUUAGGAUGUCAUUUACUACUGCCCAGCCUAGAGAGACCGCAUGUUCCGGCCCUUCCUGACCCCCCCCCUGACCCCUCAGACUGCCCCCCACCCACCGGACUACCCACGAUGCCCCCAACUGCUCACUGGGAACGCACAUGUCCCCCUGCUGGACCCUGCUGGCUGAAACCUGCCAAUCACACACUAUCUGUACGGCCCACCCAGAGAUAACCCCCUGUUUUACCAGAUGUUUAUAUUGCGUAGGGGACUAGGACGAGAGAACAUGUAUUGCUGUACUUCAUUUGUAUAACAUUGUUAGUUUAUGGUAGCUUCCAUCCAGUGCGUAGCUCAAUUACAUAGUGUUCUCAGUUUGUAAUUUUUAGCAGCUUUUCUAAUUGUACAUACACAGUCAUAUGUUAAGCAUUUAAAUAUUUCAGACAUACUUCUCAUGUUUCAAAUUGAAAAUGGUAGUUUUAUACCACAGUUUGUAAAGGAUGAUGAGCAUGCCACCACCGACACCUUAGCAGUCAAUGACCGACAG